CCCUCCCCCAGCGCUAUGGCUUCUCCUCUUGACCCUCUUGUGCCCUUCUGGUGCCCACAGGAGGAAGCAGCCCUGCUCACUCAGGAGUUUUCAGAGGCCUGGGGCCAGAAGGCCAAAGCUCUGUACGACCCAAUCUGGCAGAACUUCAGUGACCCCUCGCUGAGACGCAUCAUAAGUGUCGUGCGCACCCUGGGCUCUGCCAACCUGCCCCUGGCAAAGCGGCAGCAGUACAACUCUCUGCUAAGCAACAUGACCAGGAUUUACUCCACAGCCAAGGUCUGCUUCCCCAGCAAGACUGCCACCUGCUGGUCCCUGGACCCAGAGCUCACCAACAUUCUGGCUGCCUCGCGAAGCUACACUCUGCUGCUGUAUGCCUGGGAGGGCUGGCACAACGCCGCAGGCAUCCCACUGAAACCCCUGUACCAGGACUUCACUGCCCUCAGCAAUGAGGCCUACAAGCAGGAUGGCUUCUCAGACACGGGGGCCUACUGGCGCUCCUGGUACGACUCUCCUACCUUCACGGAGGAUCUGGAGCAUCUCUACCAUCAGCUAGAGCCCCUCUACCUGAAUCUCCAUGCCUACGUCCGCCGCGCGCUGCACCGCCGAUACGGGGACAGAUACAUCAACCUCAGGGGACCCAUCCCUGCUCACCUGCUGGGGGACAUGUGGGCCCAGAGCUGGGACAACAUCUACGACAUGGUGGUGCCUUUCCCUGACAAGCCCAAUCUUGAUGUUACCAGUACUAUGGUACAGAAGGGCUGGAAUGCUACACACAUGUUCCGGGUGGCAGAGGAAUUCUUCACCUCCCUGGGGCUCUUGCCCAUGCCUCCUGAGUUUUGGGCAGAGUCCAUGCUGGAGAAACCAAGUGACGGGCGCGAGGUGGUGUGCCAUGCCUCUGCCUGGGACUUCUACAACAGGAGAGACUUCAGGAUCAAGCAGUGCACACGGGUCACCAUGGAACAGCUGUCCACGGUGCACCACGAGAUGGGCCACGUGCAAUACUAUCUGCAGUACAAGGGCCAGCACGUCUCCCUGCGCCAAGGCGCCAACCCAGGCUUCCACGAAGCCAUUGGGGAUGUGCUAGCACUCUCCACUUCCACUCCUGCACAUCUGUACAAAAUUGGCCUGCUGGACCAUGUCACCAACGACACGGAAAAUGACAUCAAUUACUUGUUAAAGAUGGCACUGGAAAAAAUUGCUUUCCUGCCCUUUGGCUACUUGGUGGACCAGUGGCGUUGGGGGGUCUUUAGUGGGCAUACCCCACCUUCACGAUACAACUAUGACUGGUGGUAUCUUCGAACCAAGUAUCAGGGGAUCUGUCCUCCAGUUGUCCGAAACGAAACCCAUUUUGAUGCUGGGGCCAAGUUUCACAUCCCAAAUGUGACACCGUACAUCAGGUACUUUGUGAGUUUUGUCCUGCAGUUCCAGUUCCAUCAAGCCCUGUGCAAGGAGGCAGGCCACCAGGGCCCACUGCACCAGUGUGACAUCUACCAGUCCACCCAGGCGGGGGCCAAGCUCCGGAAGGUGCUGCAGGCAGGCUCCUCACAGCCCUGGCAGGAGGUGCUGAAGGACAUGGUCGGCUCAGGUGCCCUGGACGCUCAGCCGCUGCUUGACUACUUCCAGCCGGUCACACAGUGGCUGGAGGAGCAGAACCAGCGGAACGGCGAGGUCCUGGGCUGGCCAGAGUAUCAGUGGCACCCACCGAUGCCUGACAAUUACCCGGAGGGCGUUGACCUAGUGUCCGAUGAGACUGAGGCCAGCAAGUUUGUAGAGGAAUAUGACCGGAUAUCCCAGGUGGUGUUGAACCAGUACGCAGAGGCCAACUGGAACUACAACACCAAUAUCACAUCAGAGGGCAGCAAGAUGUUGCUGGAGAUGAGCACAAAGAUGGCAAACCACACCGUCAAGUACGGCACCUGGGCUAGGAAGUUCGAUGUCACCAACUUCCAGAAUGCCACCGUGAAGCGGAUGAUAAAGAAGAUUCAGGAUCUAGAGCGGGCGGCGCUGCCUGUGGAGGAGCUGGAGGAGUACAACCAGAUCCUGCUGGACUUGGAAACCAAGUACAGUGUGGCCUCUGUGUGCCACGCCAAUGGCACUUGUCUACAGCUGGAGCCUGAUCUGUCGAAUCUGAUGGCCACAUCCCGGAACUAUGAAGAACUGCUGUGGGCAUGGAAGGGCUGGCGAGACAAGGUGGGGAGGGCCAUUCUCCCUCAUUUCCCCAGAUAUGUCGAGCUCACCAACAAGGCUGCCAGGCUCAAUGGCUAUGUAGAUGGAGGGGACUCCUGGAGAUCUAUGUACGAGAUGCCGUUCCUGGAGCACGACCUGGAGCAGCUUUUCCAGCAGCUGCAGCCACUCUACCUGAACCUACAUGCCUACGUGCGCCGGGCCCUGCACCGCCACUACGGGCCUGAGCACAUCAACCUGGAGGGCCCCAUCCCAGCUCAUCUGCUGGGGAACAUGUGGGCACAGAGCUGGUCCAACAUCUAUGACUUGGUGGUACCCUUCCCCUCAGCCCCCAGGAUGGAUGUCACGGAGGCCAUGAUAAAGCAGGGCUGGACACCCCAAAGGAUAUUUAAGGAAGCAGACAAUUUCUUCACCUCCCUGGGGCUGCUGCCUGUGCCCCCCGAGUUCUGGAACAAGUCGAUGCUGGAGAAGCCAACUGAUGGGCGGGAGGUGGUGUGCCACGCCUCUGCCUGGGACUUCUUCAAUGGCAAGGACUUCAGGAUCAAGCAGUGCACUUCUGUCAACAUGGAUGACCUGGUGGUGGCCCACCACGAAAUGGGCCACAUACAGUACUUCAUGCAGUACAAGGACCUGCCUGUGACCUUCCGCGAGGGGGCCAACCCAGGCUUUCAUGAGGCCAUUGGGGACGUGCUGGCCCUCUCAGUGACUACCCCCAAACACCUGUACAACAUCAACCUGCUGAGUAGUGAGGAUGGCGGCUACGAGGAGGACAUCAACUUUCUGAUGAAGAUGGCGCUCGACAAGAUCGCCUUUGUCCCCUUCAGCUACCUCGUUGACCAGUGGCGCUGGAGGGUGUUUGACAGAAGCAUCACCAAGGAGAACUACAACCAGGAGUGGUGGAGUCUCAGGCUGAAAUACCAGGGCCUCUGUCCACCAGUGGCCAGGUCUCAAGGUGACUUUGACCCAGGGGCCAAGUUCCACAUUCCUUCAAGUGUGCCUUACAUCAGAUACUUCAUCAGCUUCAUCAUCCAGUUCCAGUUCCACGAGGCGCUGUGCCAGGCGGCGGGCCACCAGGGCCCCCUGCACAAGUGUGACAUCUACCAGUCCAAGGAGGCCGGGAAGCGCCUGGCGGAUGCCAUGAAGCUGGGCUUCAGUCAGCCAUGGCCGGAAGCCAUGAAGCUGAUCACAGGCCAGCCCAACAUGUCCGCCUCUGCCAUAAUGACCUACUUCAAGCCACUGCUGGACUGGCUCCAGACUGAGAAUGGGCGGCACGGGGAGACGCUGGGCUGGCCUCAGUACAACUGGACGCCAAACUCUGCUCGCUUGGAAGGCUCCCUCCUGGGCACUGGCCGCGUCAACUUCCUGGGCCUGAACCUGGAGGAGCAGCAGGCCCGCGUGGGCCAGUGGGUGCUGCUUUUCCUGGGUGUCACCCUGUUGGUGGCCACCUUGGGCCUCACCCAGCGGCUCUUCAGCGUCCGCUACCACAGCCUGCGCCAGCCCCACCGUGGGCCCCAGUUUGGCUCUGAGGUAGAGCUGAGACACUCCUGAGAUGAGCAGGCUGCGCCAGGCCUGCCGGGGAACAUGCCUCCGAGAGACCGGGAGGGGGCUGGGGGUGGGCCCGGGACACUGGGCUCCUCUCACCACUCACCCCAGCCCAUCCUCCUCCCCCUCCUCCCCCUCCUCCUGCCCCGCCUAUCCUCCCCCUCCUCCCCUCCUCCAGACCACAAACAUUGUGGCCCCUGCACCCUGGUCCCUAGGGACCAGGCCACCUAACAUGGAGCCCCCUCCCCAUCUCUCUGUGAAUACAAUUAAAGGUCCUGCCCUCCCCA